UCUAUUUCUAGGCCGCUCCGGGCUGUGAUGUGAUUGGCUGUUGGACCUGUCAGUCAGGGUGUCCUUGCCGUCUAUUUCCGCCCUGUUCCAGAGGCAGUGUACUCUUCGAUUGUUUACGUUACUAGCGCAGUAAUUUGACCUUAAUUCACAGGUUGUGUGUUUGGCUGUCUGUGAUGCUUGGAGAGAGGCUGUGCAGCAGGGACAGGCCGAUGGUGGCAACAUGACUUCUGAGUAACGCAUAGUUACUUUCUGUGCUCAGAAUGAACAGCGAAGAAGAGUUUUACGACGCUGAGACAGGGCUGGAGUCGGACGAUUCCUGUGAGGUCAGUUUUAAGGAUGCCCUGGUGUUUGACAGUAAGCAGGUGACUGACGGCAGCGCCACGCAUGAGAAUGGAGUCUGGGAGCGCAGGAAAUCCCUGCCAGCUGAAAUGAUCUCCAGAAACAAUUUCAGUGUUUGGAGUAUACUGAAGAAAUGCAUCGGCAUGGAGCUGUCCAAAAUAGCGAUGCCGGUCGUGUUCAACGAGCCGCUGAGCUUUCUCCAGAGAAUCUCGGAGUACAUGGAACACACUCACCUCAUCCACAAGGCCUGCAGUUUGCCUGACUCGAUAGACCGCAUGCAGGUUGUUGCUGCGUUUGCUGUUUCGGCUGUAGCAUCUCAAUGGGAAAGGACUGGAAAGCCAUUUAAUCCUUUACUGGGGGAGACGUAUGAGCUCAUAAGGGAGGAUGAAGGAUACAGGUUGAUCUCAGAGCAGGUGAGCCACCACCCACCUGUCAGUGCCUUCCACGCUGAGUCUCUGAAACAAGAGUUCGAGUUUCAUGGCUCCAUCUAUCCGAAACUCAAGUUCUGGGGCAAAAGUGUGGAGGCCGAGCCCAAAGGCACGAUGACGCUGGAGCUCCUGAAACAUAAAGAAGCGUACACGUGGACAAACCCCAUGUGUUGUGUACAUAAUAUCAUUUUGGGGAAACUCUGGAUUGAGCAAUAUGGAACCGUGGAGAUAGUCAACCACAGCACAGGAGAUAAGUGCGUGUUGAACUUCAAAGCGUGUGGCAUGUUUGGGAAGGAGCUGCACAAAGUCGAAGGUCACAUCCAGGACAAAAGUAAGAAGAAGCGACGAGUGAUUUAUGGGAAGUGGACGGAGUGCAUGUACAGUGUGGACCCCAAGGUCUACGACUCAUACAAGAAGUCAGACAAGAAGACAGCAGGAGACUCCAAAAAGCUGAAACCGGAACAUAGUUGUGAAGGUGAGGAAGCAGAUGACAUGCCAGAAGUUCAAGAGACCGUGACUGUGAUACCAGGAAGUGCCUUACUGUGGAGGAUAACGCCGCGGCCUGCUCACUCAGCACAGAUGUAUAACUUCACCAGUUUUGCCAUGACACUGAACGAGCUGGAGCCUGGCACGGAGAGACUGCUGGCACCGACAGACUGCCGGCUCAGGCCCGACAUCAGAGCCAUGGAAAAUGGAGACAUAGACGCGGCAAGUAGAGAGAAAGAGCGAUUAGAGGAGAAACAAAGGGCCUCACGCAGGGAACGCUCCAAGGAUGACGAGGAGUGGACGACCAGGUGGUUUCAGCUGGGAAUGAACCCUCAUACAGGAGCUGAGGAUUGGCUGUACACAGGUGGAUACUUUGACAGGAAUUACACUGACUGCCCCAACAUUUAUUGACGCAGCAGGUGCUCGGCGUGAAGAUCUCCUGUCUGAUAGGAUUCACUUUUAUGUCUCAGCAUCUAAGAUUUGUGUCUCUGUGACGUUCAGGCGCUCACUGGUACCGUCUGUGUGUGAAUCAGCGAAAAAAGCUGAUAUCAAAAUGUCAUCAGACCAGUUUAUCAGAUUAUGACUGUGAACCUUGUGCACAGGAGAAAUGUUAUGUUAAGGAGAAUUUUAGAGUCACUGAACGUUUUCACAUCGAACAUCUUCAACUUUAUAUGCCCUAAUCAUGAUUCUGACAAUAACAGUCCACAUGUAUGUUACUCACCUUUUGCAGGUUUUAAACCAGAUGUGUGUGUGUGUGUGUGGGUGUGUGAGUGAGUGAGUGUGUGUGUGUGUGUGUGUAUGAGACCAUGCUGCUGCAGGACACAAAGCUCUAGAGGAUACGUUCAGUUGUAGUACAGGUACUCAGCCAUAGUAGUCAUACCACACACUUCUGUCCGGUUGCAUUCAGAUAUCAGGGGUUAUUUAAACACAUCAGUUACCUUUAUAUAGAAACUAUUUGAAUGUUGAUUGUCUGUUUUAGUUAGCUGUAAAACAUCCUGAAAACGUCACCCGUGUGAUCCUGUGAAUAGAGACUUACAGUAUAGAUGAAAGCUGCUUAUAACCAUGUUUACUGGUAUCGAAGUAAACGGACGUUGUUGGUACAUUAUAUUGUUGUCCACUCUAACAUAGAUGAUGUGUAUAAUAAUUGGUGCAUGCAUGGCCACCAAGAUGGUUAUUUACACAAGUUAAAGCCAUAAAAACCUUUUGUGCACUGAGUAUGUACAGUGUAAAUGCAUUUGCGUGAAAUGCUAGAACAGCAAAGGGAUACAGAGCGUGUUGGUUCAAAGCGGGAGGUUUUUACAGUCUGACACUACAACUACCAUGUUGAUGGAACAUUUUGAGCCUCAGUCAAAACAAUUAUAAUCCCAUUAUUAUUACUUCUCGUGUGACUUUGAUUUGGUGCAUAAUCCUGCACUAAGUUUUAGAACUACGAAUUCCAUCAUUUGAGGGAUGUGAACAGGAAAUAUAAGGCUGCCAUGGAGUCCGAUAGGUUGUAAGCUUUGGGCUACAAAAGAACCAUGUUUUUUUUUAGCCUGUAUUUGUUUACAUUUUGGCAAGUGGUCACCGUUAAGCAUAUCCUGAAUCAGCUGUAAGCACUUCCUGUCUGCAGUGUGUCCUGUGUAUUCAGCAUCCAGAUGUUCGAAUCCGCCGACUCCACAGAGUUGACUCAUUCUGAAUAUGCAAACUGGUCCACUGAUGCACAGGUAACUAUCCCUGCAUUAUUUUCAUACCGAAGAAAUUUUAAAAAUGUGAUGUUUCUCAGGCAGGUGAUAUAAAUUAGGAUAUGGUUUCUAAACGGAGUUUUGGAUGUUUAUUUUGUGAGUUAAUGCAGAAAGUGCUAAGUGAUGCUGAGUCUAAAAAUGUUUCGUGUGUUUUUGACUGACUUAUGACCCUGAAACAGAGUGUCAGUUUUUAGGAAAGACGAGACUCACGCCUCACAGCUGAAUAGCUCAGGUUUAAAGGGACAGUCCCCCCUGAUAUCAAGAACACAUUUUUUUUCCUCUUCAGUGCAAUUCAUCCAUCUAGAUUGUUUUGGUGUGGGAGAGUUUUGGAGAUUUCGGCUCUGGAGAUGUCUGAUUCCUUUCUAAUAUGAUGUAACUAGAUGGCUUGCAGUGCUUUAAGCUUAAAAAAAAUUAAAAAAAACACACACUUUAAAAACUCAGCCGAGGAGGACUCAGUAAUUAAUGUUUACAUCCCUUCUGCAACGUGAUACGAAAAGAAAGUAGUUCCUACACGAAACUGCUCACGAGAAGUUCCGUGGAUUAUCCUGAGUAAUCGGGUUGUGAUUCCUGGAAAGCAUCUCUGCCGUUGAGUUUUGCUGCAAUCAAAGUGCCACCCAGUUUCAUUAUAUUAGAGAGAAUACGGACAUCUCUGCAGCUGAUAUGUCCAAAACUCAGACCAAACAAUCUGGAUGGAUAAACAGAAUUACACAUGAGAGAAAGAAUUUGGAUUUUGGGACGAACUGUUCCUUGCAAACUGAAAGCUGUGUCAUAAUGACUCCUGACUGUGGGAAACUUGCUUCACACUUCAAACUUAACUGAAUGUUCUCAAACUUACCGGUCGUUUUUCCACCAAUAGAGCUGCUUUGUCGGACGCGGCAGCAGCACACAAGGCAGGACGCUGUAGCCAUUGUAAUCCUAUGCAAACUGAUCCACCCAGUCUGCCCUCCUGAAAUGUGAAAAUUAAAAAUAAAACACUAACUCCUGUUUAGCUAGUAGCCAGUGUGUGCUUCAGACACUACAGAGGCACCAGAUAAUGAAUGCUGUGUGCUCAUGAUAUAAGGCUUACAUGCGUACGGCAGUGCGGUUGUUACAGAAUAGAGAUUUUAUUUUUUUUGUUUGUGAGCACUAACUUUGCAUAGACUGCACAUCUGAAGGCUCACAGUCCAUUGCACAUAUUGCAUAGUGAAAUAACCCACAUCAUGACUGCACCCCCACCCCACCUCCCAGCUGCUCUCCACUUUAGACUCAAUUCAAAGCACUUUGUGAGGCCCCUCAGACACUCAGAGGUGCAGGUUCAGUCUGAUGGUUCUCCUGAUUCACGUACUCUUUACCCUCUCGUUUUGUCUAGCAUCUAUUUGAAAAUGUUUACAUUGUAAGUUCGUUCAUCUUGUGUUUUCCCCUCUUCAUUCUGUUACCCACACGCCUCCAUAUGCAUACGUGACAUAUUUGACAAAUAAAUUAUGGACUAUGGAAGCUA